UCCCCGCGGGCGUGGAAGGGCUGUUCUUUCCGGAGUUGCGACUCGCUGGCGUCAGCAGGGCCGUGGAGGCGGAAGAUGGCGGCGGCGGCGGCGGCCCUGGGGCCGUGAGGAGCGCGGCGGCGGAGAGGACGGCCGAUGGCGGCCGAGAGGCGCCCUCGGGGACCCGCGGGCCGUUAAGGUGCGACGCUGGGCGGCAUGUCGGAGCACGCGGCGCCCGGAGCCCCGGGGCCCGGGCCCAACGGCGGCGGCCCUGCCCCCGCGCGCGGGCCCCGCACCCCCAACCUAAACCCCAACCCGCUCAUCAACGUGCGCGACCGGCUCUUCCACGCGCUCUUCUUCAAGAUGGCAGUCGCCUACUCGCGGCUCUUCCCGCCCGCCUUCCGCCGUCUCUUCGAGUUCUUCGUGUUUGCUCAAGGAGAGGACAGGGCCCUGUUCGUGCUCUUCGUCCUGGCCUACAUCCACAUCGUCUUCUCCCGGUCUCCCAUCAACUGCCUGGAGCACGUGCGCGACAAGUGGCCACGAGAGGGCGUCCUACGCGUGGAAGUACAGCAGAACUCGAGUCGCGCGCCAGUCUUCCUGCAGUUUUGUGACAGUAGUCACAGCAGCUUCCCUGGCCUGUCUGCGGAGCCUGGUGGCCUGGAGCUAGAGGAGGAGGAGGAGGAGCUGACCAUGGAGAUGUUUGGGAACCACUCCAUCCAGUUUGAGUUGGACAUUGAGCCCAAGGUGUUCAAGCCGCCCGGUGGCCCUGAGGCCCUGAAUGAUAGCCAGGAGUUCCCCUUCCCUGAGACACCCUCAAAAGUGUGGCCACAGGAUGAGUACAUUGUGGAGUACUCGCUGGAGUACGGCUUCCUGCGCCUGUCACAGGCCACGCGGCAGCGGCUCAGCAUCCCGGUCAUGGUAGUCACCCUGGAUCCCACACGGGACCAGUGCUUCGGGGACCGCUUCAGCCGCCUGCUGCUGGCCGAGUUCCUGGGCUAUGAUGACAUCCUCAUGUCCAGUGUGAAGGGUCUGGCUGAGAACGAGGAGAACAAGGGCUUCCUGCGGAACGUGGUGUCAGGCGAGCACUACCGAUUUGUGAGCAUGUGGAUGGCCCGAGCAUCCUAUCUGGCUGCCUUCAUCAUCAUGGUCAUCUUCACCCUGAGCGUGUCCAUGCUGCUCCGCUACUCCCAUCACCAGAUCUUUGUCUUCAUUGUGGACCUGCUGCAGAUGCUGGAGAUGAACAUGGCCAUCGCCUUCCCUGCAGCGCCCCUGCUGACCGUCAUCCUGGCCCUCGUGGGGAUGGAGGCUAUCAUGUCGGAGUUCUUCAAUGACACCACCACCGCCUUCUAUAUCAUCCUCAUCGUGUGGCUGGCUGACCAGUAUGAUGCCAUUUGCUGCCACACCAACACCAGCAAGAGGCACUGGCUGCGGUGAGUGCCACGGGU